AUAAUUUUAUUUUCAAAUUAGAAUUUACUUCUUAAGUAAGAUCAUUCUGUGUUUAAAAAAAGCGAGUGAGGUGAUUGUUGUUAACUAGAAAAUGUGUUUCAGAUCCUGUAUUAGGGUUGUGGCUUGUAAACAAAUGAUACUGCCCCUACCUUUUGUAAGUUCAUCGUGAAUGGGGUGAAGUUGAGUUACUUUGGAAGCAGACUGAAUUGGUCAUAGUCCUGCAGAAGUUUUAUUAGGAAAUGCUCUUGGGAUUGCUACCUGUGGAAGAAGAGGAAAGGAAGCAGGAGUGGGAUAAGGGAGAGAAAUUGAACUGUGAUUUUAGUUAAUUAAUUAAUUUAGUGCUGCGGGGAUGGAACCCAGGGCCUUAUAAAUGCUAGGCAAGUACUCUACCACUGAGCCAUAACUCCAGCUCAUGAUGUUUGUUCUCUUAAUGAAGGUGUCAACAGUCCCAAGGAGAGAAUACAAAGCCUGGACUUGAGUGAAAGAGUCAUUAGUGGAGGCAGUUCUGAAAAGGACUGACAGCUAAGAGCUGUCUUCUAGUAGCACUUUUCAGCAGAUGGUACAACAAAUCCUCUAGCCCUCUUUCUGAAGCAAAGACUCAUUUUGAAGAUGUUUAAUAAAUCAUUUGGAACCCCCUUUGGGGGUGGCACAGGUGGCUUUGGCACAACAUCAACAUUUGGACAAAAUACUGGCUUUGGUACCACUAGUGGAGGGGCAUUUGGAACAUCUGCAUUUGGUUCUAGCAAUACUACUGGAGGCUUAUUUGGAAACUCACAGGCCAAACCAGGAGGAUUAUUCGGUACCAAUUCAUUUAGCCAGCCAGCUACUUCCACAAGCACUGGUUUUGGGUUUGGUACAUCAACAGGAACAUCAAAUAGCUUGUUUGGAACUGCAAGCACAGGGACCAGUCUUUUCUCUUCCCAAAACAAUGCAUUUGCACAAAAUAAACCAGCUGGCUUUGGGAAUUUUGGAACAAGUACUAGCAGUGGAGGACUCUUUGGAACUACAAAUACCACCUCUAAUCCUUUUGGUAGCACAUCUGGUUCCCUCUUUGGGCCAAGUAGUUUUACAGCUGCUCCUACUGGGACUACCAUUAAAUUUAAUCCUCCAACUGGUACAGAUACUAUGGUCAAAGCUGGAGUGAGCACUAACAUCAGUACCAAACACCAGUGUAUUACUGCUAUGAAAGAAUAUGAAAGCAAGUCACUAGAGGAGCUUCGUUUAGAGGAUUAUCAGGCUAACCGGAAAGGUCCACAAAACCAGGUGGGAGCAGGUACCACGACUGGCUUGUUUGGAUCUUCUCCAGCCACCUCCAGUGCAACAGGACUCUUCAGCUCCUCCACUACUAACUCAGGCUUUGCAUAUGGUCAGAACAAAACUGCAUUUGGAACUAGUACAACUGGAUUUGGAACAAAUCCAGGUGGUCUGUUUGGCCAGCAGAAUCAGCAGACUACCAGUCUCUUCAGCAAACCAUUUGGUCAAGCCACAACCACACAGAACACUGGCUUUUCCUUUGGUAAUACCAGCACUCUCGGACAGCCAAGCACAAACACCAUGGGCUUAUUUGGAGUAACCCAAGCCUCACAGCCAGCAGGUCUUUUUGGGACAGCUACGAAUACCAGUACUGGGACAGCAUUUGGAACAGGAACAGGUCUCUUUGGGCAGACCAAUACUGGGUUUGGUGCAGUUAGUUCGACCCUGUUUGGCAAUAACAAGCUUACUACAUUUGGAACCAGCACAACCAGUGCUCCUUCAUUUGGUACAACCAGUGGCGGGCUCUUUGGUAACAAACCAACCCUGACUUUAGGAACCAAUACAAACACUUCCAAUUUUGGUUUUGGCACCAAUACCAGUGGGAAUAGUAUUUUUGGAAGUAAACCAGCACCUGGAGCUUUGGGAACUGGGAUUGGUACAGGAUUUGGAACAGCUCUUGGUCCUGGACAGGCAUCUUUGUUUGGGAACAAUCAACCUAAGAUUGGAGGGCCUCUUGGUACAGGAGCUUUUGGGGCCCCUGGAUUUAAUACUACUACAGCUACUUUGGGCUUUGGCGCCCCCCAGCCUCCAAUAGCUUUGACAGACCCCAAUGCUUCUGCUGCCCAGCAGGCUGUUCUCCAACAGCACCUCAAUAGUCUAACAUACUCACCUUUCGGAGACUCCCCUCUCUUCCGGAAUCCCAUGUCAGAUCCUAAGAAGAAAGAAGAGAGAUUGAAGCCAACAAAUCCAGCAGCCCAGAAGGCUCUUACCACACCUACUCAUUAUAAACUGACACCACGCCCUGCCACCAGAGUCAGGCCAAAGGCUUUACAAACAACAGGCACAGCGAAAUCACAUCUCUUUGAUGGACUGGAUGAUGAUGAACCAUCCCUAGCCAAUGGAGCAUUCAUGCCCAAGAAAAGCAUUAAGAAGUUAGUUCUGAAGAACCUGAACAAUAGCAAUCUCUUUUCUCCUGUUAAUCGUGAUUCAGAAGAUCUAGCUUCACCAGCUGAAUAUCCAGAAAAUGGAGAUAGAUUUAGUUUCCUGAGCAAACCUGUUGAUGAAAACCAUCAGCAAUAUGGAGAGGAUGAUUCUCUUGUGUCACGUUUCUACACUAACCCUAUUGCUAAACCCAUUCCUCAAACCCCAGAGAGUGUUGGAAAUAAACACAAUAAUAGCAACAGUGUGGAUGAUACCAUUGUUGCAUUGAACAUGCGUGUUGCUUUGCGAAAUGGGCUAGAAGGAAGCAGUGAAGAAACCUCUUUCCAUGAUGAGUCACUGCAAGAUGACCGAGAAGAAGCAGAAACUAAUGCUUAUCAUAUCCAUCCAGCAGGCAUUGUUCUCACUAAAGUUGGUUACUAUACUAUUCCAUCUAUGGAUGACCUUGCUAAAAUUACCAAUGAAAAAGGAGAGUGCAUUGUUUCUGACUUCACUAUUGGUCGUAAAGGCUAUGGCUCAAUCUAUUUUGAAGGAGAUGUGAAUUUGACCAAUUUAAACUUGGAUGACAUUGUGCAUAUCCGAAGGAAAGAAGUUAUUGUUUACUUAGAUGAUAACCAAAAACCACCUGUGGGUGAAGGGCUAAAUAGGAAAGCUGAAGUUACAUUGGAUGGAGUUUGGCCAACAGAUAAAACAUCCCGUUGUUUAAUCAAGAGCCCUGAUCGGCUUGCUGAUAUCAACUAUGAGGGAAGAUUGGAAGCAGUUUCAAGGAAACAGGGAGCUCAAUUCAAGGAGUAUAGGCCUGAAACUGGUUCUUGGGUAUUUAAGGUCUCCCAUUUUUCUAAAUAUGGCCUUCAAGAUUCUGAUGAAGAAGAGGAGGAACGUCCAUCUAAAAGUAGUUCAAAGAAGUUAAAGACUGCCCCUUUGCCUCCUGAAGGACAGACUACCCCUUUCCAGAUGGCUCUCAAUGGCAAACCAGCACCUCCACCUCAGAGCCAGAGCCCAGAGGUGGAGCAGUUAGGGAGGGUUGUGGAACUGGACAGUGACAUGGUAGAUAUCACCCAGGAGCCAAUUUUGGAUUCUGUAUUAGAAGAGAGCAUGCCUGAGGAUCAGGAACCUGUGUCUGCUUCAACACACAUUGCAUCUUCAUUGGGAAUUAAUCCACAUGUCUUACAGAUCAUGAAAGCAUCAUUACUUGCUGAUGAAGAAGAUGGAGAUGCCACGGAUCAACACAUUAGUCACCUUCCUUCCAAAGGAGAUAUUUCUCAAGAAAUCUGUUCUCCCAGACUCCCCAUUUCAACAUCCCAUUCAUCAAAAUCCCGCUCAAUAGUUGGUGGGUUACUACAAUCAAAAUUUACAAGUGGAGCUUUUCUUUCACCAAGUGCCUCUGUGCAAGAAUGUCGAACUCCCAGAGCAUCAUCCUUAAUGAAUAUCUCAUCCACAUCUCCUUGGACUGUCCCUCCACUCCUGACCACUGUAUUUACAGUGCCCAGCCCAUCUCCUGAGGUUCAGCUGAAAACAGUGGGCACGCGUAGGCAACCAGGCCUAGUCCCUCUUGAAAAGUCUGUCACAUAUGGCAAGGGGAAACUUUUGAUGGACAUGGCCCUGUUCAUGGGACGUUCAUUUCGGGUUGGUUGGGGCCCCAACUGGACUCUUGCUAAUACCGGAGAACAGCUGAAUGGCUCUCAUGAACUGGAAAACCAUCAGAUUGCUGAUUCGAUGGAAUAUGGAUUCCUGCCCAAUCCAGUAGCUAUUAAAUUUCUAACUGAGUCCCCAUUCAGAGUUCAUUUGGAGAAACUCAGUUGGAGACAAAGGAAGCUGGAUGAAGACCUGCAGUUAUACCAGAUACCCUUGGAGCUCAAAUUAAAACAUAGCACUGUCCAUGUGGAUGAACUGUGUCCUCUCAUUGUCCCCAAUCCAGGAGUUGCUGUCAUUCAUGAUUAUGUAGAUUGGGUUAAGGAAGUAUCCAGAGAUUUAUCAGAAGCACAGAUUAUGAAACCCUGGAGCCUGACGUGGACAUUAUGUGAAGCCCUAUGGGGUCAUCUGAAGGAGCUUGACAGCCAGCUGGAUGAGCCCAGUGAAUACAUUCAGAUUCUGGAGCGAAGAAGAGCUUUUUCCCGCUGGCUAUCCCAUACUGCUGCACCUCAGAUUGAAGAAGAAGUCUCCUUAACCCGAAAAGACAAUCCUGUAGAGGCUGUCUUCAGCUACCUCACAGGCAGUAGGAUCAGCGAGGCCUGCUCUCUGGCACAGCAGUCAGGUGAUCACCGCCUUGCCCUUCUUCUGUCUCAGUUGGUGGGUAGCCAGCCAGUCCGGGAGCUACUCACGAUGCAGCUGGCGGAUUGGCAUCAGCUGCAGGCUGACUGUUUCAUCCAGGAUGAACGAUUGCGCAUCUUUGCCCUCUUGGCUGGAAAACCGGUGUGGCAACUAUCAGAGCAGAAGCAAAUCAAUGUAUGCUCCCAGCUGGACUGGAAACGUUCCCUUGCUAUCCAUCUUUGGUAUUUGCUUCCACCAACAGCCUCCAUUUCCAGGGCACUCAGCAUGUAUGAAGAAGCAUUUCAGAAUACCUCUGAGGGUGACAGAUAUGCCUGUUCCCCACUUCCUUCAUACCUGGAGGGUUCUGGCUAUUUGGUAGAGGAGGAGCAAGACUCACAGAGACCACUUCAAGAUGUUUGCUUUCAUCUUCUAAAACUCUACAGUGACAG